AUGGCGCCAAUGGACAAACCAACUCCCGCCGAACUCGAGCAACAGCUCAAAGACACAAUCCAGGAUCUGUACCAGAUCAUGGUCCAGGUGACGACCUACAACGCGAACCAAACCCCCACGGGGCCCGCCCUCGCCGACUCCGUCUCCGCGCUCUCCUCGUCCCUGCAGCGCGUGCACAUGACCGCCACCGCCGGCGCGCCGCCCUCCCCCGACCUGCCCGGCGCCCUGCCCAAGAUCCCGCCCGAGCUCGUGCAGUACGUCGAGAACGGCCGCAACCCGGACAUCUACACGCGCGAGUUCGUCGAGCUCGUCCGCCGCGGGAACCAGCUCAUGAAGGGCAAGAUGAACGCUUUCGCGCAGUUCCGCGACGUCCUAGCGGAGCAUAUCGAGAAGGGCAUGCCUGAGCUGAGAGACGACGUUGGGAGGGUGCUGGAGACGACCAAGGUUACCGGGAGCGGGCGGCCUGGACGGAAUUAG